AUGGAGCAUGUGCAGCGAUAUAGAAAUGAAGAAUUAGUAGAUAUGUUAAUUUUUGGCAAGUGUCAAAGAAACCAAAAACGAGCCGCUGCCCUAUACGCGGAACGUUUCCCUGAAAGGAGACACCCAGGACACGGCUUUUUCCGCAAUUUAUGCACAAGAUUAAUCGAGCAUGGCAUGUUGUAUGCCUCAACAAAGCGACAACAUUUGCCAGCAAGACCAAGAAUAUUAAUUGAUCAAGUGAGGACGGCACUGGAAAAUAACCCGCACACUAGUACGCGAGUCAUUGGCCGUGAUUUACAAUUAAAUUAUAGGAAGGUGCACAUAAUUAUUAAAAAAGAUUUUAAAUGGCACCCAUUCAAAAGGCAUACCAGUCAACGAUUGUUUUCUGCUGAUUUUUCUCGUCGUAAAGCAUUUUGCGAUUGGAUAUUAGAUAUGAUUGAUCUUGAAAACGUGGGAAAUAAUCCUUUUUUAAAGAAAAUUUUGUGGACGGACGAAUGUGUAUUUCACAGUGACGGAAGUAUUAAUAGACAUAAUGAACAUCAUUAUGCUGAAGAGAAUCCCUAUUGUCAAAGAAUUAUUCAUGUUCAGGAGAAAUAUUCCGUGAACGUUUGGAUGAGCAUACUCGAUGACAGGAUUAUUGGACCAUCCCAGGUAGCAAGCCGUAUGGGAAUAGUUACCAAUGUAAACAAAUUUGAUCGAAAUUUUUUCGAAUUAUCUUUUGAUCAAACUCAUACACUCUCGCCUGAAGCAAGACUGUUAAUGGAACAUUGUUAUGAAGCAAUUAUCGACGCGGGAAUCAAUCCAAAGCAAUUACGAGGAAAAAAUACUGCUGUAAUUAUGGGAACAUAUUUUAUUGAAAUCCAAGAGAAAUUUCUAUAUGAAACAGCUCAGUUAAAUGGUCUAAAUAUUAUUGGAUGUAACAAAACUACAAUGGCAAACAUGAUUUCGUAUUACCUGGAUCUAAAAGGACCAUCACAUAUAGUUGAUACAGCAUGCAGCUCUAGCCUUUAUGCUGUGGCACUUGGUUAUAACUAUAUUAUGUCAGGAGUAUGCGAAGACGCGAUAAUUGGAACCUCAAAUCUAUGUCUUGGUCCAACUUUUAAUCUACUAUACACUAAUCUUGAAAAAUGUCUUUCUUUAUAUAUUUCUCAUCUUAUAGGUGUUUUGUCACCUAAUGGUUAUUGCAGACUUUUUGAUUCCGCUGCAAAUGGUUUUGUGCGUGCUGAAACGGUGACAGUGAUAUAUCUUCAAAAAGCAAAAAAUGCAAAAAGGAUUUAUGCUAUAUGUCCACAUAUUAAAAUGAACAGCGAUGGUUACAAACAAGAAGGAAUAACAUUUCCAUCACCUUCCAUGCAGAGUACUCUAUUAACGGAGUUUUACAAUGAGUGCGGAAUAUCGACAUCUUGUUUGGAUUACAUUGAAGCACAUGAUACCGGUACCAAAGUUGGCGAUCCUCAGGAAGUCAAGGCUAUCUGUAAUGUUUUUUGUAAAAAUAGAAAAACUCCGUUAAUGAUUGGUUCUGUUAAAUCUAAUCUUGGCCAUGCUGAAGCAGCAAGUGGCAUCACUCAGAUUGCUGAGGUAAUAAUAGCAUUCGAAAGCGGGUUUGUUCCUCCAAAUAUUAACUACACAACACCACGGAAUGAUAUAGACGCCUUAAUAAAUGGAACUGUUUGUGUCGUCCAAGAACCGAUGCCACUUAAAAACGGUAACAUAGGUAUCAGUUCUUUCGGUUUCGGAGGAGCUAAUGUUCAUACAUUGUUAAAGUGGAAUCACAAACAGAAAAUUAACAACGGUUUACCGAAUGAUGACUUGCCCAGACUUGUGAUAUUAUCUGGACGUACUGAAGAAUCUGUGAAGUUGUUUCUAAACGACGUCGUUAAUCAUCCAAUAGAUAAAGAAUACAUCCGUUUAUUACACGACAUCCAUGCAGACAAUAUAAAAGGUCACCCAUGGAGAGGAUUUAUUAUACUUAAUAAUCAGCAAAAAAAACCAAUAAAGGAAAUUCAAAACUGUGAAAGCAUGAAAAGACCUGUUUGGUUUAUAUUUUCUGCUCUAGGCACACAAUGGCCAGGAAUGGGAAAAAAUUUAUUAAAAUUUCAAGUUUUUGCUAAUACUAUAAGAAUGUGCGAUAUUAUUUUAAAACCAUAUGGUAUAAGUGUCACAGAUAUUUUGACAAGGACAGACGAAAAAGUGUGUGAAAAGGCUUUAUAUGUCUUUCUUGGUAUCGUCGCUAUUCAGAUUGGCUUAGUAGACCUCUUGACAUCCUUAGGAAUUGUUCCGGAUUACAUGAUUAGUCAUUCCGCUGGUGAACUCGGUUGCGCCUACGCGGAUAAAUGUCUCACUAUUGAACAAACUAUUUUGUCAGCAUACUUUAUAGGUUUGGCAUGUGUUGGGGAAAAAAAAACUCGUAGCUCUAUGGCACUCGUCAGUCUUAAUUACACAAGUCUAAAAAAUAUGUGUCCAGCAGAUAUUAAAAUAAUAUGUCGCAAUAGCGGGAACAGCAAUGUUGUGUGUGGACCUACAGAAUCUGUAGAAAAAUUUAUAAAAAAAUUACAGCUUAAUAAUAUUCAAGUGAAAGAGAUCUAUUGCAACGCACCGUAUCAUAGUUCAUAUCUCGCAUCCGUGAGAUCUCAACUUCUCCUAAAUUUGAACAACGUAAUACCGCGGCCAAAGAAACGGAGUCUAAAGUGGAUUAGUUCUUCAAUAGCUCGUACGGAAUGGUCUAUUUCAGCGUCAAGUUUAUCAUCGGCGGACUAUCAUACGAAUAGUAUAUUAAACACCGUUCUUUUUGAACAAACCACACAACUAAUUCCAAGUAAUGCUGUGACUAUCGAAAUUGCACCAGACAGCGUUUUGCAAAACGUUUUGAAAGAAUCCUUGGACACAAAAGUAGCAAACGUUGUACUAAAUAGACGCGCUGAACAAAAUAUUGAAGUGCUUUUACAAGGAAUUGGAAAGCUCUACAAUUAUGGUUUACAACCGCAAAUCGCCAAUCUGUACCCAUCAGUGGAAUUUCCAGUUAGCCGAGGAACUCCUAUGAUCUCUCCAUCAAUCAGAUGGAAUCAUUCCGAAGAUUGGUUUAUACCGGAUUGUAAAAUAGAUAAGUAUGUAGAAAGAGAAAAGUACAUCGAAAUUGAUAUAAAAGAUGUGGAGUACGAAUAUUUGACCGGACAUGUAAUAGAUGGGAGAAUUUUGCUGCCUGCAACAGGUUAUCUUGUACUUGUUUGGCAAACUAUUGGCAUGAUGAAAGGAUUAAUGUUUUCAACAGUACCGAUAAUAUUUUGAGAUGUAAAAUUUAUUUGUGCUACCCGUUUGACAAAAAAUAAUAAUGUAACAUUAAGGAUUGCGAUACAAAAAGAUGGAAAGUUUGAAAUAACCGAAGGUGAUAGCGUUGUGGUAACAGGCACAGCGUACGACAUAUCGAAUCCAGAACGAGAAAUAACUUCGACCGAUUUAUUAUUAGAGGAUGAUGAUGAAGAACAAAUGACGACCCGAGAUAUCUACAAGGAGUUGAAACUCCGCGGUUAUCAGUAUAGCGGCUGGUUUCGUGGAAUAAAGAGUGCAUCCGUUUCAGGCAAUAAAGGACAUAUCGUUUGGAAAAAUUGGAUAACAUUUAUGGAUACUAUGCUACAAAUGCGUCUGAUCGGAUACGAUACUAGAGAUUUGUAUGUUCCUACGAGUAUUCAAAAACUGGUGAUCAAUCCUGAACUUCAUAUUUCGAUGCUACGAAAACAUGCAGAUUAUGUGAAAGACACCAUAUUACCCGUACAAACAUACAGAGAUAUAGACACCAUUAUAGCUGGCGGGAUAGAGAUACAAGGGCUUAAAGCUACUCAGAUUUCUCGUCGGAAGUUAACCCAACAGACUGUUAUCGAGCAGCACAUAUUUAUAUCUCAUCAAGAUCGCGCUGAAAUUUCUUUGAAUGAGGCGAUUCGGAUAUCAGCACAACUCGUGUUGGAAGAUCAUCAAAUCACUAAAGUGAAAGCCAUUGAGCUGGUAGAAGACGUGGACGAUAUUUGUGGUGAUUUGAGUACAUUUUGUUGGAUAGAGAAUAAUCUAACUAUUCGAUAUCGUCGUGAAGACUUAGUACACGUUGUAUAUUCAUCCCUUAAUUUUAAAGAUGUAAUGUUUGCUACUGGUAAAUUAAUACAUAAUAUGGCGCUUUUUCAAGGAAGGUUAUUUGAAUAUAUUCCUCUUGGUCUGGAAUACGUUGGAUUCGAUGCUACCGGGCAACGAGUAAUGGGAGUGAAUGAUACUGACUGUAUAGCAAACGUUGUUGUAAAGAAUAAAGACUUAUGUUGGAAAGUACCGGACGCGUGGACAUUUGAAGAGGCUGCGACGGUUCCAUGCGUUUAUAGUACAGUUUACUUCGCCUUAUACAUUUAUGGAAAAAUGAAAAAAAGCGAUAAAGUACUUAUCCACUCUGGUAUUGGCGGCAUUGGACAGGCAGCUAUUUAUCUCGCUCUCAAAGAAGGAUGCGAAGUGUUCACUACUGUAGGCACGAGCGAAAAACGUAAUUUUAUUAAAAAAGUGUUUCCUACAGUUUUGGAUGAACAUAUUGGAAAUUCUCGAGAUACCAGCUUUGAACAAAUGAUAAUGCAACAAACGAACGGUCGUGGCGUUGACAUCGUGUUAAAUUCACUGGCGGAGGAAAAGCUAAUCGCCUCCAUUCGUUGUUUGGCCCAAAAUGGUCGUUUUUUGGAGAUCGGAAAGUUUGAUCUUGUUUCUAACAAUCCUCUUUGUAUUUCUGCGUUUCAGAAGGGUAUUAGCUUUUAUGGAAUCUUAUUAGAUAAUUUAUUUAUUGGUGACCACAAGUAUAAACUCAUAUUACGCAAAAUGAUAACCGAUGGUCUUAAGAACAGAACCAUCAAACCUAUUCAAGUAAAAGUUUUCCCGAAAACAGGUAUUGAAGAAGCUUUUAGAUAUAUGGCGAGUGGAAAACACAUAGGAAAGAUUAUUAUAAAUAUUCAGAAAACAAAUAAACCUUUAAAUGAGCCCAUUAUUGCAUAUCGUCGCUAUUAUUGUCUCAGGAACAAAAGUUAUAUUAUAUUGGGUGGUUUGGGUGGAUUUGGUUUGGAGUUAACAGACUGGUUAAUAUUUCGUGGUGCCAGAAACAUAGUAUUGGUUUCACGAACUGGAAUAAAAAACGGUUAUCAACGCAUGAAGAUUCGAUUAUGGGAAUCGUAUGGUGUAAAUGUGCUAAUUAUCAAGAAUAUCGAUGUCGCUGAUCCCGAAGAUUGUGAAUACCUCUUGCAAACUGUAGAAAACAAAGCACCAGUGGACGCAAUAUUCAACCUCGGUGUGGUGUUGAAGGAUAACGUUUUAAAGAAUCAAACCGCGGAGACGUUCGCAGAGUCCUUCAAGUCAAAGGCUCAGGCGACACAAACUUUGGACAAACUUUCCAGAAUGUUUUGUCCUAAACUGAGGCAUUUCGUAGUAUUCUCUUCCGUUUCUUGUGGUAGAGGCAACUUUGGACAGACUAAUUACGGCAUGGUCAACUCUGUUAUGGAAAGAGUUUGCGAAAAGAGGGUUGAAGAAGGAUUACCCGGAUUAGCAAUUCAAUGGGAAGCUGUUGGUGACGUGGGUCUCGUCGCUGACAUGCAGGAAGACGAUAAGGCAUUGAUUAUCAGUGGUACUUUACAACAAAAGAUAUCCUGUUGUCUUGACGAACUCGAUAAGUUUUUACUUCAAAGCCACCCUGUUGUGAGUAGUAUGGUGGUAGCCGAAAAGAAAUUGGGAUCUAUCGGAUAUGGAAGUCCGAUAGAAGCUGUCGCCAGUAUUUUAGGUAUAAAAGACAUGAAAGUUGUAGGUCAAAAUACAUCUCUGGCUGAACUUGGAAUGGAUUCCAUGAUGGCUGUUGAAAUCAAACAAACUUUGAAACGAGAAUUCAACAUUUUUCUCACUGCAAAAGAUCUGUCUAGUCUCACCAUUGCGAAACUUAAUAAGAUGUCCAAUACAAACGUCAAUAAUGAUGAUAUGCAGCAUGAAAAUAAUUUUAAUACAGAAGAGGCCUAUGCCAUGAAAUUACCAGUUAGUAUUGUACAAGACAAAGAUUUUAUUUUAGAGAACUAUUUGGAUCUCUCGACCGGAAAACAGAAUACUACUACUGAAGUAUUUCUUAUACCGGGAAUCGAUGGUUGUGGAACGGUAUUUCGUCAUUUAGCUGCAGAUAUUAAAUUUUCAGCAAUGUCUUUGCAUUAUAACACAAAUAACAUCGAUGCUACAAACGUCAUAUUGGAGACGACUGAUCGUGUUAUCAAUCAUGUAUUAUCAAAACUAAAAAAUGGAAAAGACUUUGUAAUGGUAGGUUACUCCUUUGGAUCUAUUAUUGCAGUUGAGUUAGCGAGGAGAUUGGAAGACUUGAAUUUCAAAGGUCGUUUGGUUCUUAUCGACGGUGCUCCUGAACAAAUGCGAAUGAUAUACAAAUAUUCUUCAUCAAAUUUUAACGAUGUGGAUCUUCAGUUGGUUGUUUUAACUAAUAUUAUAGAACUUUAUUCACCAGGAUCUAGUAAAAAGAUUGUAAUGGAACUGGAGAAAUGUAAUACCUGGGAAGAACGAUACAAUAUUUUUGCAAGAUUGUUUUUAGUUAUGAAUACGUCACUAUCCUCAGCAAAUUUAAAGACGCUGUGUACUACUGUUUACAAACAUUUAUCCGCUAUUCGACACUACGAUCCUUCUACAUUGCCACCCAUUAAUUCUCCUAUAAUCUUGUUAAAACCUACACAACCGUUGAAUGUACCAAUGACGGAUGAAAAUUAUGGUUUGCAUAAGGUAACUCAAAAUGUAAUUCAAGUACAUUACGUCGAUGGUACUCAUGUGACGAUAUUGAGAAACAAAAAGGUGUUGGCUGCAAUUAACGGAGAACCACCCUUUAUUAUUUAAGGUAAUUAUUUAUGACAUUGAAAGAUGAAGAAGUAUCUUCUGCGAUUAACUGGAUACCACUAUUUCUAAUUUUAUGCUAUAGUUUGUAAAAAAAUUUGAUAUAAUUAAGAUUCUGGACAUUUAAAAAUAUUUAUAUUGCACAUAUUUAAAAAUUUUUUUUUAAUGAUUAUAAAGGGCUAUUUAAAAAAAUAUUUAAAAGUGUUUAAACAGUAAAGUUAUAUUAUCGAGCUUCAAAACUAGUUUUAAAUCAGUAAAAAGGUACUCAUUGUAUAGUGCAAUCAUCUGACACGGAUUUUUAAAUACUUUUACAUAUCUCCAAAUAGUUAUUUGUUUAUUUAUUAAAAAGGAAUAAGUAUAAAUACAUUAUAUUUUAUAAUGAUUAUAACCCAGACAGCACAAAAUAUUGAAAGACGACGAAAAGACAUCUUUUUCAAAUUGUCUUUUAAGUAAGACUAAAAGAUAACUAUAAGACAUCUUUUAUAAAAUUAUCGAAAAGAUAACUUAAAAAAGACGUCUUUUCGUCGACUUUUUAUGAUUGUCUUUUUGGCAAAACAAAAAGUAGACUAAAAGAUAUCUUUCCGUUUGACCAGUUAGCGAAAGCAACACGCAACGUGCAGAUUUGCCCGUUAAUUAAUGCGCGAUGCCGUCGGUAUGCGGCUUAACUCUCUCGGGAGCAAAGUGCAGGCGAUUAGCUACAUAAAGACCAUCCGUAGCGUGGUUAAGGCAAGCAAAAAUGAGCUUUUUGUUCCUGUCCGAUGUGGAAGAAGAGUGCCACACGCUAUUUUUUUAAUUUAUUCAUUUUAAUUGAGUGAACGAUUUGCUACAAGAAAAGUGAAUUGUUCACUACAGUCGAAUGAGAGUUCACUUAUAGAGCGAAAAAUCUAUUCUUAUAAAAAGUGAGAUGUCAUGCCAUUUUGAAUGGCCGUAUUUUUACUAUUGCUAAGACGACUAAGGAUUCCGGCAGACCAGUGUGAUUUUGUGAUGCGCGUUGUGUAUUGAAAAAACAGCUCUCAUUGGAUAUCGCGCGUCGUGCAUCGCAAAAUCGCGAUAAUCUGUUGGAACUUUGAAAGAUGUCUAAUAUCAGAUGACUUUAGUCAUCGGCUAUAAGACUUUUUGUGGGACAUAAGUCGUCUUUUAGUCAUCCUUUCGUCGACUAUAAGUUCUACAUAAAAGAUGUCCAUGACGAAAAUUUGUCUUGUAGUCGUUUUUUAGAUAUCUUUGUGCUGUCUGGGAAUUGUUUAUAGUUACUGUAAAAUAUAAUGUAUUUAUAUUUACUUUUUUUUAAUAAACAAAUAAUUAUUUGAAGAUAUGUAAAAGUAUUUUUAAAAAGGUGUCAGAUGAUUGCACCAUAUAUCACGAGUAUCUUUUUAAUUAUUUAAAACUCAUUUUGAAGCCCGAUAAUAUAAUCUUACUUUUUAAAUACUUUUAAAUAUUUUAUAAAAUAACUCUUUAUAAUUAUUUUUAAGCAAAAAUGU